AGAGAAAGAGCCAACAAACCUUUUGUAAGCAGUUAACACGGAAAAAGCAGAGGAAAGCCACCAACACCAGACAAGAAACCUCACAAGGAGAACAAUGUAAGACUUCACAGUUACCAGCAAAGGCGACUUUAUCAAGGAGCACAUCAGAGUUGGUGGACACAAUGAACUGUGAUUCUGAAGAGUCUGCUUGUCGAGUUAAAGCUGAAGCACAUAAGACAAAGGGACUCCUUGUCGGAGAAAAAAAGAAGAAAAACGCAAGAGAGGGAAAGACUUGGGGCGAGAGUGAGGUGGAUAACCCGCAGAAAAGUCAACUGCGACACAAAGAGGACGGCAAAGAGGCAGCAGCGACUGUAACGGAACCGCAAACUGAAGUUUUACACAUCGACGAUCUGCCUCAGACAGCACAGUUUAAGACACUCCACAGUCCAGCAGGUCGUACGAGUGACACUCACACUGACUUGUUGUGUGAGGAAACCAUGGCAAAGAAGAAGAAGAAAGACAAAGACAGGAGCCGGAGUCAGGAGGAGGUGCAGGGUAUGAAUGUGACGGAGAGGCCAUUAAAUGAAGAUAGCAUGUUGAGACAAGAAGAGGGAGACACUUCUGAUUUGAAAGAAAAGAAGAGAAAAAAGAGAGAGGCAGCUGCAGAAAAUGUCAAUAACUUAGGAUUUGAUUUGAGAGUGGAGGUCUCAUCGUUGAGUACAGAAAAUGGUGGGAAGAAGAAGAAAAGCAAAAGACGUGAUAAUGAAGAGGAGCAGCGACAGUCCAGUGCUGUGCCUGAACCUUUUAAUGACAAUGCCGAGAUGCAGAAGAAACAUAAGAAACAUAAGAAAAGGAGAAAAGAAGAGGGGAUCGUGGUUGCAGAGGAAGGGAAUUGUUUGGCAGCUUCUGAGCAAACUUUGGAAUCCAGUUUUGUCAAAAGAAAGAAGCAUAAAAAGAAGAAACACUCGUCCUCCAAGGAGGCUUCUCAGCACGGUAGAAGUAGCCCGGUAGAGUGUGUAGAUGGGAGCUCUGUUAAUGAUGCUGUGGAGACGUCACCGAAAAAGACGAAGAAGAAGAAAACUUUAAUUGAGGGGGUGGAUAACUCUUCCGAUUCUGAAGAAAAGAAAAAGGUUUUAAACGAAGAUGACAUUCUGAAAACAGUGGAGGGCCUUGCAGACCAAAAUGCUGAAGUGAGAGUUAGGAAAAAGAAGAAGAAAAAGAGGUCUGAAGACAAUAUGGUACAAAGCGGUGAUUCAAUGUCUGUGCAGGAUAAGUCCUCAUCCAUCCUCUGUGCUGAUCCAGAGUCUUCUUUAAAGGCUUAUGUCUGGGGUGCAGAAAAACCUGGUGUCAGCGCUGGAAAUCUGGAGGCGGAAUCAGAAGAAGUCUCCGGAAAUUUGGAAAUAUCAAACAAUGAGGACAGGAAAAAGAAGAGGAAAGGAAAGAGAAAAAUGUUGGAAGUGCAGAAUGGUGUGGGAAAAAAAUCAUGAGCAGGAUUUUGAGGAACCAAACACAACAUGUCAGGGGGCCUCGUGUGGAAUCACAGACGCGGGGGGACACGCGCAGGAAAACGAAGCUGAACUGAUGACUCCAGUGGAAAGUUUGGAAAGUGCUGCAGAUGCAGGUCUGUCUUCAACAGAUGAGGCUGUGGUGUUGAGAAAGGAGAGAAAGCUUGAAGAUGCAACAUGCCGUGUGAUGCAUGAAAGUCCAACAGCUGAAACUGAAGAAACUGGUUUGACACCUUCAGAGACUCCAAUCCACAUAAGGGAGAAGAAAAAGAAGGAACGGGUUAAAACACACUGACAACCUUUCCUUUGAGGUGAAUUCUUUGACAGAGUCUGCAGAUUUAGAGCCCGAAGACGACAACAAGAAGGAAAGGGAGAGAACAACGCAAUCAGCUGAGCAUAACAUCACACCCAGCAGCCCUAUUCUAUCAGAGACUUCUUUUUUAAAACCCCAAAUGUCAUCAGACAGACUCAUGAAGAACACUUAAGUAAAGAGGAAACUGCUUAAUCCCAAUGAGGAUUUCCUUACAGACUUUUAGAUCGGGAUUAUGUAAAGACUGGCAGACCAAGCUGUGGAUUCAAACACAGAAAUGUGACGGCUGUGAGGUUUUAAAAAAAGAGCUUUUUAAUUAUGUUUUGUAUCAAAGUAUAUUUACUGACAUGCUUCACAACCUUCUGGUGUCGAGCUAAACUCUGUUAAAUAGAAAUUACGACAAAGGUUAUUUUUUGGUAAUAAAGGCUCCUGUAUAUGAAACUCUUGACUCUUGGAGGAAAAUGUCAAAAUGUUAGUAUUUAUUUGAUUACUUUUACUUUCCCAUGAUCUCAGUAUUGGAUCCUCAAUGUAUGUGUUAUGUCUUAUGGUCAAAAUCAUGAGCACAACAUUAAAUGAUUUGUAUUUUAUUAUCUAAUGUUUAUACUUCUCGUUCUGUCCUCCAGGUUUUUAAUAGAGCUUCAAUCAAAGGAGUGUGUACAGUAUCUAUUAAUCAAAUGUUUGUGAGCCAACACUGAAUGAACUGUGAACAUUAAAUGAAGUGGAGAGUUAUC